GUUUCACCGACAAAAGAAGUUAAGAGAUUUGGCAUUCGAGAAAAGUUGAAUCCUCGAUAUAUUGGACCCUGCGAGGUGUUGGAGCGGAUAGGCCCCAUAGCAUAUCGGCUUGUUUUGCCGCCCAGCCCAUCAGGAGUGCAUAAUGUGUUUCAUGUUUCCACACUUCGGAGAUAUAUUUUUGAUCCGACCCACAUAUUGGAAAGUACUCCAGUGGAUUUGCAAGAAGACCUGAGCUUUGAGGAGUAUCCAAUGAAAAUUCUAGCUCGAGAAGUAAAAUGGCUUCGAAACCGUGAGAUACCCUACGUAAAGAUACUUUGGAGCAAUCACGAUGAACGAGAAGCCACAUGGGAAUUGGAGAGUGUGAUGUUAGAGCACUACCCCUAUCUUUUCUCGACGGAAUCUUGA